CUUAUUAUGACUAUUUAGCUAGUAGUAGUGUGCUUUUAUACCUCAAUUUCAUAAUUAUGGAAUUAAUAAGAAGUCAAGAAAAAAUUAUGAUUUAAAAAUAAUUAUACCUUUAAUUUUCUUCUCUUUCAUGAGUGCUAAAACGAAACCAAACAACCAAGUGUGCCGGCCAAUGGAUUGGAAUAAUGAAAGAAAGCGAAAUGAUAAAUUUUGAGUCCCACCACAUAAAAAGAACAUUCUCAAAAAUUCAAAAUUUUAAAAUCAAAUUAAAAACUUCAACAAUAUAUUAUAGAAUAUCUCUAAACGAGUAGGAAGUAGAGUAUGGAAUUGGAUGCCAAUAGUACUUUUUUUCUUUUCGAAUAAAUCGAAAAUUCAAGAUCCACUUAACAUGAAAAAAGAAAAAAAAAAGCUAAGAAUCUAAAAAGGAAAGGCGCUCGCACACCGACAUCCUUUUGUGGUGAAGAAAUGCUGAAACGAUCUUUCUCUUAUAAUCUCUCUCCCUCUGUUAUUGUACUUGAAUUUCUGUGAUCCUAAUCAAUGAAAACGACGUUGCCACCUCUGCCCUUUUCUGCUUCGCAUUGCCAUUAUUAACUCCUUUCAUCACUCGCUAUGCUGUCUUCCCCUGUUUUCCCCCAAUCCCAGAUCUGCUGAGCUAGCUUUUAAGUUUCUUGCUUGAACCAAUGGCGGGUGCCGCGGAUUUGCAUCGCUCCAACGGCGUCGAGGUAAAGAAUUCCGAUCCCAAUUCCAUGAAUUCGAGUGAGAUUCAUCGAAAUGGGAAUGCCAAGGGUUUCAAGAUUUUCGUAGGGUAUGAUCCUAGGGAAGACAUUGCUUAUGAGGUGUGCCGUUAUUCUCUAUUGAAGAGGGCUUCGAUCCCUAUUGAGAUUUUCCCUAUUAAGCAAUCUGAGCUUCGUGAAUUGGGGGUUUAUUGGCGGGAGAGGGGGAAAUUGGAGAGCACUGAGUUCUCGUUUUCACGGUUCUUGACGCCUUACCUAGCGAAUUACGAGGGAUGGGCCAUGUUUAUGGAUUGUGACUUCUUGUACUUGGAUGAUAUCAAGAAGCUAGUGGACUUGAUCGAUGACAAGUACGCGAUCAUGUGCGUGCAGCACGACUACACGCCUAAGGAGACCACGAAGAUGGAUGGCGCGGUGCAGACUGUGUAUCCUAGGAAGAACUGGUCUUCCAUGGUGUUGUACAAUUGCGGCCACCCCAAGAAUAGGAGCUUGACACCCGAGCUGGUGAAUAAGGAGUCGGGGGCAUUUCUCCAUAGGUUUCAGUGGCUGGAUGAUGAUGAGAUUGGGGAGAUCCCAUUUGUGUGGAAUUUCCUUGUUGGACACAAUAAGGUUGUGGAGGGCGAUGAGAGCACGUUCCCUAAGGCCAUACAUUACACGCUUGGUGGGCCGUGGUUUAAGGAGUGGAAGGAUUGUGAGUUUGGUGAUCUUUGGCUGAGUGAGUUGGAGGAGUACCAGAAGGGUGAUGUGACGAAGGGAGAUUAGGUCGAUUGAGAGGUGAUGGAGGUGAUGAUGUUCAAUGUUAAGUUUGGUAACUAGUUGCAUAUCCUUGUAGAUGUAUUCAUUCCCCUAUGUUGUGUUCAUAUCAUUUGUUUGUGGUAUUAUAAAAUCCGAGUUUUCGAUAGAUCAGAGAAAGCAUUUGUGUCUAAUGAGUAGUACACUUGGACAAGAGAAGAGAAGAAUAAGAGUGUUUUGUUCUGUUCAUGAGCUAUUGCUUGUCUCACUGUAUUCUUGUAUGUGUAUUUGUGUAUUCCUGCAUCAAUAAUAUCUUGUAUUCAUCUGCCUAAA